AUGGACGAUGAACUUGUCCUAAACAUUGCAGAGUAUGCAUCUGCAGUGCCAAUAAAGCUAACAUCAAAAAAAUCUGCGGAAAACCGAUCUACUCCUAGGUUGAAGGCUAAACGAGUCCAGAAACGAAAGACUGACCAGCCUGAUCAUCAUCCUGGCAGUGAUGAUGAUGACCACUCUCGCCCUGCGAAGCGGAUGCGACCUGACAAGUCCCUCCCUGCUACCAAAGCAGCUUCUGCACCGGACCGCCGUCCGGCACUUCCAGCCAAGCCUACUCAGAUCAUAUCCUCUCUAUUCUCAUACAAUCCAACAGUUGAAGCACCCAUACCCUCCGCUGUCGACAAAAUACCCUCUAAACCUAGCAACGCACCAUUAACUGGCUCAGCCACGUUUGCAGACCUGGGUCUUCAUCCCCUCCUCGUCGCUCACUUGCAGUCCAAGAUGAGCAUAACAAAACCAACGUCUAUUCAACGCGCUGCCCUUCCCAUAUUCACGAACCCGUCUUCUGAGGACAUAAACGCACGAGAUGUAUUUAUACAAUCGCAAACUGGCUCCGGAAAGACUAUGUCGUUCCUCCUACCUAUAAUCCAGGAUCUUCUCCCCCUCAGUACGCACUCCUACAUCGACCGCUCAAUAGGCACACUCGCAAUCAUAAUCGCGCCUACUCGUGAACUGGCGAAGCAAAUUUCUGACGUCCUAGAAGCGCUAUUAACGCUGAAGCUGCGUGCAGAAGGCGAACAGGAGGCAGAGAGCUCGACACGUUAUACUCGAUGGUUAGUUUCCGGCUUGCUGAGCGGAGGCGCAACCCGUGCGCAUGAGAAGGCGCGUCUACGGAAAGGUAUACCCAUUCUUGUCUCGACACCAGGUCGGCUACUAGAUCAUCUGCAAAAUACAUCUUCUUUCAACGUUGGAAAAUGCAGAUGGCUAGUUCUCGACGAAGCGGACCGCUUGAUGGAACUUGGUUUCGAAGACACUAUCAAAGGGAUCAUACAGGGUCUAGAUGGGAGGAGGAAGCUCGCGUUCCAAGCUGUCCAGGAUGGUAAGAGCUUCGAGGUCGGAGGAUGGGAUUGGGAUCGGCAGAGACGGACAAUCCUUUGUUCAGCUACCAUCCGCGAAGAUGUGCAGAAGCUGGCAGGCACCACUCUCAUACGGCCGCUGGUAAUCAAGGGCCUCGACAAAGAGAAUUCGGAGGAUUCGUCUACAUCAAAACUCGACAAUGAGGCAGCUACCACCAGUACCGAGAAGUUCACUCCACCAUCACAGCUAUCCCAGAAACAUGUCGUUGUUCCCCUCAAGAUGCGUCUUGUCGCACUGGUCGCGCUUCUCCGCUCCUUGCUCGCACAGACACAAGGACAAAAGGGGUCGAAAAUCAUCGUAUUCCUCAGUUGCACGGAUUCGGUGGAUUUUCACUGGCGCCUGUUGGGUGAUUCAUCGAUGGACGGCGAGAAGGCGGAAAGUGCCGAGUCUGACAAGGACAAGAGUGACGACGAAGACGACAAGGUCGAUGAAUCUGCUGAAGAGGAGAAAGACCGAGAGGAGAAUAAAAUCGCUGCGCAGUCUUCGCUCCUUCCGGGCGCCUCAAUCUUCCGUCUUCACGGCUCCCUUCCUACACCAAUCCGUCUCGCCUCUCUGCGCGGAUUCUCCGCCAUUCCUUCCUCAAAGUCCAAAAAACCUGCUCCCACGUCCUCUAUUCUCCUUUGUACGUCUGUGGCAUCCCGUGGUCUCGACCUACCCCUAGUUCGUGCAGUCAUACAGUAUGACCUGCCGACCGAAGGCGGUGCGACUGAGUAUGUGCACAGAGUGGGACGGACAGCACGUGCAGGAAAGGGUGGCGAAGCUUGGAGUAUUGUCGCGCCCAGCGAGUCUGAAUGGGUGAAAUGGGUGGAGGGGAAGAUGCGGGGGGAUAUGAGCGGAGAUCAUCCCGACAGUGACAUCACUCUCGCAGGCACAAGUAUCGAGAACAUAUUGGCGAAGGGCUUUGGUGGUAAAGGCACCGAGUACGAGGCCCGCGCUACAGAAGUACAACUUUCUUUUGAACGGUGGGUUUUGCGGCGCAAAGAGAACGCUGAACUGGCUCGGAGAGCAUUCACUUCUCACAUGAGAGCAUAUGCGACCCAUCCCUCGAACGAGAAACAUAUCUUCCACGUCCGGCACCUUCAUAUCGGCCAUCUUGCAAAAGCAUUCGCGCUGCGUGAAGCGCCGAAGACGAUCACUGACGGGAAGAACAAAAUAUCUAGUGCAUCCAAAGGUCGUGGCUCGCGUCCUGUCAAAUCUACAAAGCAGCACGAUGUCGGCGACGCAGAGCAACGGAUGCAAGAUAUUGUCCGUGCUCAGGGCCGGCUGUCGAAGAAGGGCGGCAAGAUGAUUAGCAGUGGGACAGACGAGUUUCAGAUUGCAUCAGGCGCUGCUUUGGAUUCACUUGUCAAUGGCUAUCGGCUGUAG